AUGAUCUUCCCAGUCCUUUUACUGGUUGCAGGGCCGGUUGCUGCUUUUCCCAGACAGAAACGUGAAGAUGCCACCACGACAAGUGUCACGGAUUCCACCACGACUACCGCUACAACCAUCUUGGCAACUGACUCUACAACAACAUGGACAGCUACACCUGCAGAAACAUCGACAACUACACCUACAACAACAUCCGCUACUGGCACGGAAACAACGACGCCAGGCGUUUGGCCUUACGGCCCUUGCCCAUGGCUUCCUUGUCCAUACCCUGCUGCAGCAGGACAAUUCCUGCCGCCACACCCAAUGCCUAUGGUGUGGGGACCUGGUGGCCUUCCAGCAUAUGGACCAUAUGGACCAGUAGUGCCUGGACUGUUGGGACCGAUGGGACUUCUAGGUAGACCGUAUUGGAUUAUAAGAAGGGGUUAG